UGACAGACGCAUGUAGACUGCAUAGAGCGGGAGUGUGUACUGUGUGUGUGUAUAUAACAUGAUAGUAUUCACAUUUAUUCCAUGAGGAAGAGAAAGUGUUGGGCAAAAUAUUGAGAUCCCAAUCACCAUUUAUUAUUAUGUUCAAUUGGCUGCCUGCAAAACAGUUCUAGAUAGUUAUUUGCUGUAUAUGUGUAAUGUAGAUUGUUCUAUCUUUCUGUUAGUAUAGUGUAUUAUAAAUCUUACAUAUAUCACGAGCGCCAUAGUCUGGGCGUAAACCAAAUAGUGGUGAUUAUUUAAGGAAACAUUCGGUCCAGAACAGUUGAAAACUUUGCAUUUUGCUACGAAGACAUGUUCCUUUAGUGCAAAACACGUAUAGUUCAAGGAUUAUUAUCGACGAGUGGUAUUUAUCCUCCAGAGUCGCGAUUCUUUCGUGUUUUUCUUAUAUAAAGCGCUAUGCCACCAUUGAAUAGUUUCAAUGGACAUGAAAAUGCUAGUCACAUUAUUUGCUCGCUCACGCAAUCACAAAUGGCAAUCGACCAGACAAACGAAUGUACCGUCGGUGCACGGCCUAUAUUCAGCUGUUCUCAAUAUUUCCAAAAAGUCUUACUGAAUCUGAAUGCUCUGCGGCAAAGUGUGCGCUUCUGUGAUGUGGAGAUAGUCGUCGGUAAUACAAAGAUUCAGGCACAUCGAGCAAUACUAAGCGCUGCCUCCGCUUAUUUCGAGGCAAUGUUCCGACCAGAGCUGGGUCUCAAUGAAGGCAAACAAAAAUCCGUAACAUUGCAUUCCAUCCGGGCCGAUAUAUUGAUGCUGCUUGUUGAUUUCAUUUAUACUGGACAAGUGGAGAUCAAACAGAGUAAUGUCCAGGAGUUAUUGGCAGCAGCGGAUAUGAUUCAGUUGCCGGAGGUAGUCGACGGAUGCUGCGAAUAUUUGUGCCGUGAACUCCAUUCUUCAAAUGCUCUAGGGAUUCUACGUUUCGCGGAGGCUCACAACUGCUGUCAGCUUGCCGAAGCAGCUGCCACUUACGUGUACACAAACUUUCCCAAAGUUUCCCUCGAGGAUGAACUACUGGACGUUCCGCACAUGAUGCUGAUGAAGGUUAUUUCAUCCGAAUCUUUGAGAGUAGAUAGCGAAUUUCAAGUAUUCAAAGCAGCGUUACGAUGGAUCAAGCAUGACGUGGUUCCUCGAAGGCGAUACGUUUUCGAAAUUCUUGCACAUGUACGGUUAGCGCUGGUACCAGUCGGUCUAAUCGAUCAAGCGAUAGCCGAAUGCCGCGAUGUUUCACUGAAAAUUGCACUACGAUCUGUCAGAAAAGAUUUAACCUCGAAGCGUGGUCAGCUAGUACCUCUUCGUGUUUGUCCUCGAGUUUGUGCCAAAAAGAAUAUCUAUAUAAUAGGUGGGUCGAGACGAGAGCAAUCUGCUGGAUGGACUCCUGCUGAUUGCAUCUUCGAAAGCGUAAUCAAGUAUGACAUAUUUCGACGUGAGUGGGUUGAAUCAGCUCCAAUGCAAAUCGGAAGAAUAUUACCUGGUGUGGCCACACUCGGCGGUAAGAUAUUUGUUAUCGGUGGUGAGCGUGGUAGUCAGAUUUUGGCGAAUGGAGAAGUUUACGAUACGCAAAAUAAUAACUGGGAAUCCAUGGCGCCAAUGAUUGUACCCCGGUGUGAAUUUGGGUUAUGUGCUCUAGGAGGCACGUUGUAUGCUAUGGGCGGAUGGAUUGGCGAAGAUAUAGGUGGGUCAAUUGAAUGCUAUGAUCCAAUGAGAAAUGUGUGGAGAAUGGUUGGUGACUUACCCGAACCAAGAUUUAGCAUGGGAGUAGUCAGUUUUGAAGGUCUCAUUUACAUAGUUGGAGGAUGUACUACAUCGAGUCGCCAUUUACCAGAUCUGAUAAGCUAUAAUCCUGUUACCCACGAGUGGAACAAUCUUUCUCGAAUGAGAACAGCACGCUGCCAAAUGGGGGUGACAAUACUGGACCGAUAUCUAUACGUUAUAGGAGGUAAUAGUAGCCAACAAGAGGUGCUCUGUACCGUCGAGAGAUAUUCUUUCGACGAGAACAAGUGGUCAUCGGUUGCUCCCAUGUCGGUCAGUCGAGCGAGUCCUGCGGUAGCAGCAGCAGAUGGUUUACUGUAUGUGGCAGGUGGAGAUCAGCCAUGUGAAAUAAACUUCUAUCGCGCACAGGUAACAAUAUCCUCGUUUGAGUGUUAUGAUCCAGUCAACGACCACUGGAAGCAAUGUCCUGAUUUACCUACCAGUCGUUCUGAGGCGGGUGCUGUUGUGGUUUAAGAUAUUUUUGAUACAUUUAUUAUGUUUACAAAAUCACUUAUAGCUGCACCAUUCUACGUAAACUUUUUUUUAACAUAUACUUGUAUGCUUUCAACAAACGACAUGAAGUAUAUAGAGACUUAUUCUGUAGAUAAUAUAAAUGCUAUACCCUUUGACUACAAUAUGGCAUUUUAGCGAUUGUUUCAGAGGGUGUAUUUGAUUAUUUGGACUGCGUCUCGAUGCAUUCACUCAAACUUGUGGUUUCAAGAGAUGUAAGGAACGGAGAAAGUGAGAAGAAUAUGGAGACGGUUACCUUAGAUGCAAUCAAUUUUUGAAUCACGAUUUACUGUGAAAUACCAGUGAUUCAAUGUAUGGCAAUCCAACAUUUUCUUUGUCUGAUACUCUGAUAUAUAUAAGCUCCUGUGCACUGAUUUUAUUUAGAGAAAAUAGCAGUUUUCUGUCAGCAACUAUGUUGAAGGGUAAUGUUAAGCAGCGAAGUAGAUAUUAUCAUCUCAUAUUCAUCAACAAUUUACACUAGACAGAGACUUCUUCAGCAUAUUGGUGUACUUUGGUAUAUUUUCUUCGGUUAUAUAGAUUUCAUUCAUUUAACCAUUCGUUUUGUUUUCUGCGGAUCAGAUAAAUCUGAUUUAUCAUAUCUAACCAAAGAGUUUUUUAGUUGUAUAAAUUGUGAUAGAGAUAAAAAUAUUUUAUCAAAUAAAACAAAACUUGAUGUUACAAACAAGGUCAAAUAAAUAGAAGUGUACACACAUAGGAACACAAAAAAAAUUACGUCGCAAUAUUGUUUUCUAAUAAAUAUUUCUCUGCCUCUCCGUGAAUGUGACUGAAAA